AUGUACCAAUACCCAGUGCUCGCGGCUACCCCUCAGAGGCCCCGCGUCUAUACAAAGGAGGAGUGGGAGGAAAAGCGCCCAGUAUUUGUGGAAUUGUACUCUCAAGAUUAUACCCUAGCGACAGUAAGGGAAUUGAUGGCAGCAGAUCACGGCUUUUAUGCGACUGAAGCGCAAUACAAGAAAAAAAUCAAAGCCUGGGGUCUAGAAAAAAAUAUCGACAAAACUACUGCUUUGGGGAUUCUACGGAAAGAGCGCAAGCGAAAAUACGUGGAAGAUAAGGAAACAACAUUCAUAUACAAAGGUAAAGAGAUAAGCGGAGAGAAAAUUACUUUUUUGCGCAAAAGACACAAAGGAGUACUAGAUACUGAGGGUCUAGGUCCGGAUCUGGAUCAAUAUUGGGGAAGGGAACAAGUUGAUACACCCCCUUUUGUUUCCUACUCUACACCUCGUCCAGUUGAUGAGCCCCCGGCAGUCGAUUAUGAGACGACUGCAAAUUCAUCUCAGGAUCCACAGAUUGUAAACAAGGGGGGUGUUGACAGUGAAAGGCCUCACAUGGAUUGUAUUUCUCUUAUUACCCAUGAGAUCAACAAAGCCGGGCUGGGAAACGAAGUCCUCGAUCAACAAGCAAAUACAGGUAGAGCUUUAGAUUGCGGAAAGACACUUGACAAUAAGACGCAACACGACUAUUCGGUUAAACAAACCUUCUCUGGCCAGCAAAGACAAAGCCAGAGAUCCUUCAACACAUCGUCCCCUGCACCGCUGAUCCCGGCUCUAGAAGAGCAACCAAUUCAAAUUCAUAACAGUUCUGAUGAGGGGAAUAAGAUUAUUGAGCUUGAUGCCGACUUGGGAAGUGACGAAUCAUCGCUCUCUUGGCCCUCGCAAGACGUCCUAGGGGAUGGAUUGGGAAACGAUAACGAACCCCUUAGCCUGCACGAAGCAGCAUAUCAAGGCCGUGAAGAGAUAGUUAUUUUGCUUCUCAAGCAAGGUCACAGUGUUUGGGAAAGGGAUGAUAAAAAACGCACGGCGUUGCAUUGGGCAGCGGAUGGGGGCCAUGAAAAGGUAGUCCAGCUGCUGCUCCAGAGCGGUUUCGAUGCCUCAGCAAAGGACGGAAGUGAAGAGACGGCCCUACAUAUGGCGGCGUAUCAUGGCCAUGAAAAGGUAGUCCAGCUGCUGCUCCAGAGCGGUGUCGAUGCCUCAGCAGAGGACGGAAGUGAAGGUACGGCCCUACAUAUGGCGGCGUCUAAUGGCCAUGAAAAGGUAGUACAGCUGCUGCUCCAGAGCGGUUUCGAUGCCUCAGCAAAGAACGGAAGUGAAGAGACGGCCCUACAUAUGGCGGCGUUUAAUGGCCAUGAAAAGGUAGUACAGCUGCUGCUCCAGAGCGGUGCCGAUGUCUCAGUAACCUCGGACUGGUAUAAAGAGACGGCCCUACAUAUGGCGGCGUAUAAUGGCCAUGAAAAGGUAGUACAGCUGCUGCUCCAGAGCGGUGUCGAUGUCUCAGCAAAGGACAAAAUUGGAAGGACGGCCCUACAUAUGGCGGCGUCUAAUGGCCAUGAAAAGGUAGUACAGCUGCUGCUCCAGAGCGGUGUCGAUGUCUCAGCAAAGGACAAAAUUGGAAGGACGGCCCUACAUCUAGCAGCGUCUAAAGGCUAUGAAAAGGUAGUCCAGUUGCUGCUCUAG